AUUUGAAUCACCAUGUCCAUAAACUCUCUCAUCUUAACCACACACCAAAGAUUCAAUCUUUGCCUCAAAAUCAGACAACCCACUUUUUCCACUUCGCGCCAUAUCCUUCUCAUCUCAACCAAAUUCAGGUCACCGCACUUCUUUGCAUGUUCUUCAUCAAAUAAUGGAUCCGAACCCAUUGUUAUUCAGAAUGAUACCUUUCAAUUUCACACCCAAGUGGGUACCCCCAAAGUUCCCUCCUUUUCUUCUCCAGUUCCCAAGUUCAGUUUGAGUGACCAAGCUUUCUUUCUCCUCGCAUUCAUUGCCUGCACGACCUCUGUGGCAUUCACUAGCCUUGUUUUUGCUGCUGUUCCCACUCUAGUUGCAAUGAGAAAUGCUGCUAUAUCCCUUUCGAAGCUAGCAGAUACUGCUAGAGAGGAACUCCCGAGUACCAUGGCUGCUGUUAGGCUUUCGGGGAUGGAAAUUAGUGAUCUGACACUAGAACUAAGUGAUCUAAGCCAGGAAAUAACAGACGGAAUAAACAAGUCAACUCAAGCUUUGCAAGCCGCAGAAGCCGGAAUUCGGAACAUUGGUUCAAUGGCACAACAGCAAACCAUGUCAAUGAUUCAAGAAAGGGCAAGCUUGCCCAUAAUAUCUUUGCAACCUGCUGUUGCUGGAGCUGCAAGGAAGACGUCGAGAGCCGUCGGGCGAGCCACAAAGAGCCUGAUCAAAAUCAUAUCAGGAAAGGGAGAAGUCACAGCUGAAUAUGAUGAAGAUGACAUAACUUACAUGUGAAACUGAAGAAACCUCUCCAUGGCCAUGCCAUGAGUUCCAAUUCAACGUUGUGAAUAUUCCAUUUUCUCAAUUCCUUCCACUCCCAAAUACAGUAGUGUAGGUAUAGGAGCACAUAUACUGUAAAACCAAAUGAAACUGAAAUACAAGUUUAGAUAAGUUGAUAGGACUUGCUUUAUUUGUGUAGCUUGAUGCUAUUCAGAAUUGUUGCUACAUAAAAGUUCUCGCACUUACAAAUUACAAUGGUGCUGCAUUACAAAGAAAAUUGUCAAAAUUUAACUUCAA